UGCUUGGAUUUUUCACUCGCACGGUCACACUGUAACCGCGCGCGGCCGAAGAAACAAAGUGUGCUUCUAUUUUGCAAUCAAGUCGCCGGCAGUUCACAUUAUCUCACCCUCGGGCGAAGAACAGCUGAAACCGGAAACGGGUCAGAGUAUCAGAGCAUCAGCAAGGACACGGAUUCAGAGGCGCCAUGAAGAUCGAGGAAGUCAAGAGCACCGUGCGCACCCAGCGCAUCGCAGCCCACAGCCACGUGAAGGGAUUGGGUCUGGACGAGGUGGGAGCCGCCGUGCACAGUGCAGCCGGAUUGGUGGGUCAGAAGGCGGCUCGCGAGGCUGCCGGCAUUGUGGUGGACCUCAUCAAAUCGAAGAAGAUGGCCGGAAGAGCUCUUCUGCUGGCCGGGCCACCGGGCACUGGCAAAACCGCCAUUGCUCUGGCCAUUGCCCAGGAGCUGGGCAACAAGGUGCCCUUCUGUCCCAUGGUCGGAUCGGAGGUAUUCAGCAAUGAGAUCAAGAAGACCGAGGUGCUGAUGGAGAACUUCCGGCGCUCCAUUGGUCUCCGCAUCCGUGAGACCAAGGAGGUGUACGAGGGCGAGGUUACGGAACUCACUCCCGUGGAAACCGAGAAUCCCAUGGGCGGCUAUGGCAAGACCAUCAGCAAUGUGGUCAUCGGCUUGAAGACAGCCAAGGGAACCAAACAACUCAAACUGGAUCCCAGCAUUUUUGAUGCCUUGCAAAAGGAGAAGGUGGAGGUGGGCGAUGUCAUCUACAUAGAGGCCAACAGUGGUGCCGUGAAGCGUCAGGGUCGCAGCGACACCUUUGCUACAGAGUUUGAUCUCGAAACCGAGGAGUAUGUGCCGCUGCCCAAGGGCGAUGUGCACAAGAAGAAGGAGGUUAUCCAGGAUGUUACUCUGCACGAUCUGGAUGUGGCCAAUGCUCGUCCACAGGGCGGCCAGGAUGUGCUCUCCAUGAUGGGCCAACUCAUGAAGCCGAAAAAAACUGAAAUCACUGACAAACUACGCAUGGAGAUCAACAAGGUGGUAAACAAGUACAUUGACCAGGGCAUAGCCGAACUGGUUCCCGGAGUCCUCUUCAUCGACGAGAUUCACAUGCUCGAUCUGGAGACCUUUACCUACCUACACAAGUCGCUGGAAUCUCCCAUUGCCCCAAUUGUGAUUUUUGCCACCAAUCGCGGACGCUGUGUUAUUCGUGGCACCACCGACAUAGUUUCGCCGCACGGAAUUCCGCUGGAUCUGCUCGAUCGUUUGCUGAUCAUCCGCACACUCCUCUACUCCACUGCCGACAUGGAGCAGAUUAUCAAGCUGCGCGCCCAGACCGAGGGACUGCAGCUGGAGGAGAACGCCUUCGCACGCCUCAGCGAGAUUGGAACCAGCUCCACGCUGCGCUACGCCGUCCAGCUGCUGACCCCGGCCCAUCAGAUGUGCAAGGUGAACGGACGCAACCAGAUCAGCAAGGAGGAUAUCGAGGAUGUGCACUCGCUCUUCCUUGACGCCAAGCGCUCCUCGAAGCAUUUGUCCGAAAAGAACAAUAAGUUUAUGUUGUAAGUUUGACGAUUCCAGCUGAAUUGUAUUUCCAUUUGCACGGAUUUCCCAGUAAAAGAAAAGAAUGAUAAGCAA